AAACACUUGUUGCGUUAGUUGCGUCUCAUUUGAUUUCGGCUUGAUUUGUUUAAUGCAACAGGAUAAAGUUUAACGUGAAUGUUUCAGUGCUGUGAAAGUCUCCAAGAACUUUGUCGUCGAGAGCUGAUUCGUUCCGUGGGAAGUAGAAAGCUUCUUCAAAGGCUGCCUCUUCCCCGAAACGUCAUCGAAUGGCUGAAGGAGUACGAUGAACCCGCUGCAUUCGACCCCAACAGUAGCUCCGAUGAGGUGGUUUUCUCCAACAAUAACGAAACCAUCACUUUUACUGGAAAUGGCUACAGCACAACUUUGAUUCUUACCCCUGGUGGUCAUGGUUACACUUCUGGUAAACAUGAGUGGGUGUUCUACUUUAACAAUUGCCGAGGCCAAGUGGCAGUUUGUCUUGUAACAGCAGAAUUUAAGAAGGCCAGAGCAUUCAGAACAAUGCCAGCGAUUGGCAGAAAAAUAGGCUGGGCUUACAAUCAAAUUGGGUUUCUAACCUUUGAUGUUCCUAUCUGGGAAGCUAUGGAUGGAAAGCGAAAUGAAAGCUACCACACCUGGGAUAUGAUAGGAAUUAUUCUUGAUUUAGAGAAAGGAACACUUGGUUUUAUGAAGAAUGGAAAGGAACUGGGGGUAGCUUUUUCAAAAGGGUUGCGUGGCAAAGAGGUAUUCCCAGGAGUUUGCUUAUGCUCUGGAGAGGAACAAGUCACCUUUGUAACCAGUAGAACCUAUGUGUGAAAGUGUUGGAGCAGUUUUGAAUCAAUAUUAAACCAUCAAAACAAAAAUGAUCACAAUGGUUUAUUGUUACAACAGAAAAUGGCAAUGGAAAAUAAUAAUAAUCCAGAGUAAAAACACAUAACAAGCUUUCACCUGACAAAACCAAUGAAGACCCACAUUACUUGAAUAUUCAUCCAAGGCCUUUAUGUGCAUCUUAGCACAACCUUGUCACAUGAAUUUUGUGAGACUCAGUUAUUUUGAUUAAUUAAUUUCUGAAGUAGUGUUUUGAAAGAAGUUUCCAUAAAAUUUGUUGAUAGAAGAAAUAGGAAAACAUUUUGUGAACAAGUUAACAAAGACUUCCACUCAUGAAAUUAAACUGAACAAUAAUAUUUAUUGAUGGGGUAAGUCUACCUCGACAGAGCCUUUAUAUGAAUUAUGUUCUUUCCUCACAAGCAGUUUAAUUAAAUUGAUUAGCUGACAUAGUGACCAAGUUAACCUUUUGACCCUCAGAAGCAAUUCACGUAAAACUUCUCAUUAUAUUUCUAAUAAUUUAUCCUGCAAAAUCUUGGUAAUGAGAACAGACAAGCUUAUCAGCUACUUAGUGUUAUCUCAAUCCAGUACCAAGCUCUCCUGUCUAAUAUACAAAGAAAUGUAUAGCAGCCAGUAGGGAGAAUUUUUAAGUGGAUCUUGGGAGUUAGAGGAUUGAGCCAAAGAAGCAGGCAUUCAUUAGCCUCGACAAAUUUAACUUUUUGCUGGAAGGAAUUCAACAAGCAAUCCCACAAAAAUUGACUUAAAGAUCAAUAAUAUGGAAGGAUUUUAAAUUUGCUCAUUCCAAAGAUGGUAAACAGUAUUACUGUAAUCAAUAAUGUAUUAUUCAUUAAUUUUAAAAUAAAGCAUUACUUUCUCCUUGACUUGAAGUUUCUGUACCACUUUUAACCCUCUGAGUGAAAAAAUCACCCAGCAACUAACACUAACAGUUCUGAAAAUUUCAUUGGAUUGCCCCAUUCUUGACUGGCCUGCUGCCAGAAGAAUUGAUCACACUAUUAAAUAACAGAUAGGUGAAAGUAAGAACAUAUUGUUGCAUCAUUCUUUCAGCCACCACUGGCUGCUCUACCAGAAGACCAACAAUUUUCCAUUGUUUGUUUUCCACUGAAAUAUGCCUCAAAAGGUUAUUCCCUGGUUAACCAAGUAUUUUGAUGAUGUUUUGUGUGGAAUAUACAGUAGCAGAAGGGAGGUCAACUAGGGAGAUCCCAAAUUAACAUCUGCCCAGGGUCAUAAAUAAGAACUGGCAAAACCCACUCAUUAAUCUGCCUUCUUUUGCCAGCUACUUUAACUUAACCCUAAGAGUGACUAGCAUGUAAUUUCUCCAUACAGUGUCACCCCAGAAUCUCACAUAAAG